AUGGCUCGCUUCCAGUAUACUCUCGCUGCGGUGCUAGCACUCGCUACCAGCACUGCAAGCGCCUUCACCAUUGGUUCCCCCUCUGGUCUCGCUGCCGGCACUACUGGAGGAGAGGGUGGUGAAACUGUGUACCCGACCACCACCAGCGAGCUGGUGCAGUAUCUGAACGACACCGAGCCGCUUGUGGUUGUUCUUAACCAAACCUUCGACUUCCGUGGCACUGAGGGCACGACCACUGAAAUGGGCUGCCGACCGGGCCACAAACGCGCAUGCCUGGCCAAGAACAACGGUUUCAAUGACCAGGACGUCAUUCUGGGACCUGGUGGCAUGAAUAACACCGGUGGUUGCACGAACGGCACGGAGGUGGAGGUGACGUACGACAACGCUGCCAUUAAGCGUAUGAACGUCAAGGGCAACAAAACUAUCCGUGGUAUUGGCAGAAGCGGUGUCAUUAUGGGCAAGGGUUUGACGCUGAACGGUGACAACAUCAUUGUGCAGAACAUCCACAUCACGGAGCUGAACCCGCACGUGGUGUGGGGCGGUGACGCGCUCUUCAUGCAGGGCUCCAACAAGGCCACUACGACGCUUAACAAAAUCUGGAUCGACCACGUCAAGGUGUCGCACGUUGGCCGUCAAAUGGUUGUCACGAACAAGGCUGGUGUUGCCACCUUGACCAUCAGUAACUCCGACUUCGACGGAAACACCGAGUACUCUGCGACGUGUGACGGACACCACUACUGGACCUUCCUGUUCUACGGUAAGAACACUGGUGUCAGCAUGCUCAACAACUACGUGCACAGCACCUCCGGUCGCUCGCCUAAGGUUGGUGGCAACCCGAACGAGCACGUCGUCGUGCAUGUGGCUAACAACCAGUGGGGCAACAACUCUGGUCACUCGUUCGAACUCGGUAUCAACGCGUACGUGCUGGCCGAGGGCAACUACUUCGACAACACCAAGCAGCCUCUCGACAAGGGAGAAGAUGGAUACCUGUACGCAGCCGACGAUGCCGACCUGUGCACCAGCUACCUGGGCCGUCAGUGCGCAGCAAACGUUCUGGUGGGCAGCGGCAACUUCACAUCGCGCAACGGCCCGGCCGCUCUUGAGGGUCUCAAGGACUUAUCCGCCAUCACCGGCUACUCCUCGAAUUCCGCUCAGACCAGCGACUCGCAGCAGCAGCAGGAGCAGCAGACGCAGCAGUCGAAUGACUCGGAGCAGCAGCAGACGCAACAGUACACCCCGGGCACUGCCGCACCAUCGGGCGAGACGACUCAAUCAUCGAUCCAGGCGAGUGACCUGGCCAAGGUCUGGGGCGAGACAACCGAUAACUUCGGCGUCGGCAAGCUCGAUUAA